AUGGGUGAAGUAUGGUCUUUAACAAAGUUCUCUUUCAUAAACCUAGGCUCUAGUUCCAAAACAGAAUCCAGGGAAAUAUUUCUGACCAAGAGCUGAAUGAACAAGAAUUUCAAGGGGGGUAAAGAGAGAAAAAGAAGCCCAUAAAAGAUGAGAAAAACUGGAUGCUUGCCAAACUUAUUUAGGAAGAUUAUGGAUAGACACCAAGCAUUCCAUUUACAUUGCAUGAACACUGUCCUCUUGGUGCUUAUUUGGACUGGCAUUGCGAUAACACAGAAGGAUUGCACAGGUGUGGAAUGUAAGCAGCCAGAAAAUUGCAUUGAAGAAGUUCUUGAGCCUGAAGAAUGCUGUGCCUCUUGUCUGCAGCAUGGCUGUACUUGCGAAGGAUACCAGUACUAUGACUGUGUGAAUGUAGGCUUUAUCAAUGGAAAAGUACCUGAAGGUCAGUCCUAUUUUGUCGACUUUGGAAGUACAGAAUGUUCUUGUCCCAAAGGUGGGGGCAAAAUCAGCUGCCAGUUUAUGUUAUGUCCAGACCUUCCACCAAACUGCAUUGAUGCUGUUCUACCAGCAGAUGGAUGUCCCCAGUGUGGAAGAAUAGGCUGUGUUCAUGAAGACCAGAAAUAUGCUGCAGGACAUACGUUCCAUAUGCCUACAUGCAAAGUAUGUCAUUGCCCUAAUUCUGGAGGUGACCUCAUGUGCUAUCAACUCCCAGAUUGUAAUGAAUCCACAUUAACCUCCCCUAAACCAUCUGAUGCCAUGGAACUAGAGCAGCACUAUGAUGAUCCCUACAGUUAUGACCAAGAGGCACCAGAAGGAGAUGCCACUCAGGUGGAGCCACCUAAGAAGUACUACAGUUAUUCAACACAUUUGGAACAAGAGAGUAUAGGCCAAGAACAAAGUGAGGAUUAUGACUACCUUGCAAGCAGUGUUACUCCCCCUUCACUGACUCAGCCUAUUUCAUACCCAGCAAUGCAGCAACAAGCAAGUACAAAUAUUCCUAUCAUAAAUCAUCCAGAAAACAGGAACAGCCCUGAAAAAAGCAAGGUCAGGAUUAAUACAAGCACAGUAUCAACAACCAGAGUACCACAAGGAUAUAAUAAAAUGACCACUGCAGAUAGUGUUUUAAAGGAAGAAGUCGUGGUGACAACUGAGUCACCCCGGAACAUGGCAGAAGUGGAGAGGCAAAACGCAGUCAGCCAUGGGAGAAUUGAGCAAGGAGAAAAUUCCCACUUUAGAAUCAAACUAAACAUGAAAAAAGACCAGAAACUGAAGGUACCCAAAUCAUUGGAUUUGAAGGAGUCCAAAGGAGGUAAUUUCCCUGGAGUCAAAUUUAAUCCAACACCAUCAUCGCUCAUUGUGCUGAAAGAUAACUGGAUAGCCCCCAAACAAUCUCAAACGCUUUAUCGUUACCAGCCUGAUGAAGACAUAGAUCCCAAUUCUGUUCAUACGUCCUCCAAAUUAUCAGAAGAUUCAACGAAAGAUUUAAUUGAAACUUGCUGUGCUGCUGGACAACAGUGGGCUAUUGAUAACAAUGAAUGUACAGAAAUUCCAGUAAGUGGAACAGAUGGUGAUAUUUGCAGAAUUGCUCAGAAGCAGUGUUGUGUCUCCUAUUUAAAGGAGAAUAGCUGCAUUGCUGGCGUGAUUGCUGCCAGAGAAGGUGCUUUAUGUGGAUCGGAAGAAAGUGAUACCUGUGGAGGAUCAUUUUAUAAGCAAUGUUGUGAUUGCUGCAUGUUGGGCCAACGAGUAAAAAAUGAGGGUCAAACCUGUGAGUCCAACCCAAAUCUUGGCUAUCCUUGCAACCAUGUGAUGCUUUCGUGUUGUGAUGGAGAAGACCACCUUAUCUCUCCAGAACUAAAGAGACAACCUGAACCAUUGUCAACAGUGACACCUGAAAAACUUACAGAGACAGAGGAUCAUAAUGAAGCCCUGUCAAUUAGUAAUGAAGCUGAAAUGUCAAACAGCCUGCCCGGGGAUGACCAGGAUGAGUGCCUUGCCUAUCCAGGAGAGCUUUGUCAACACCUCUGUAUCAACACUGUGGGGUCCUACAAGUGCUCAUGUUUCCCAAGUUUUACUUUGCAAGAUGAUGGACUCAGCUGCAAUCCAGACUUUGAAGAGGAUGGACAAAACACUGCCUUAGGGGAGAAAGCCACCCUUGCUCCAGAAGCUUUAAAUAUUCAACCUGCAACCAACAACACUUUACAAGCAGAGCAAGAUAAGUGUAGAGAUAAUGGUCCAUGCAAGCACAUAUGUAAUAUGAUGGAAGGGGAAAUUGUAUGCUCUUGUUCACUUGGCUUUGUCCUCAUGUCAGAUGGUGUUUCCUGUGAAGAUAUUAAUGAAUGUGUAUCAGACACUCAUACUUGCAAGAGAGGAGAACAUUGUAUUAAUACAAUUGGAUCAUUUACAUGUCUUCGGCAACUCAGCUGCCAGUCAGGAUAUGAACUUAAGGAUGGUGAAUGUGUUGAUAUUGAUGAAUGUGAAAGAGGAACUCACAGCUGCAAGAUAAACUUUGCAUGUCAAAAUACAAAAGGAUCAUUCUAUUGUGAAUCAAAGCAGCGAUGCAUGGAAGGAUUUUUACAAGAUCCAGAGGGAAACUGUGUUGACGUUAAUGAAUGUACAUCACUUCCUGAGCCAUGCAAGGCUGGAUUCAAUUGCAUCAAUACUGUUGGGUCUUACAUAUGUCAGAAGAACCUCUUAAUAUGCAGCAGAGGAUAUCAUUCAAGUGAAGAUGGAACCAGAUGUGUAGAUGUUGAUGAAUGUCAGUCUGGCACACACCGCUGUGGGGAAGGACAGAUUUGUCACAAUCUACCUGGAGCAUACCGCUGUGAUUGCAAGAUGGGAUAUCAGCAUGAUUCAUUCAGCAGAACUUGCAUUGACGUAAAUGAAUGCUGGAAUUAUCCAGGCCGACUCUGCCAGCAUUCAUGUGAAAACACUGCUGGAUCCUAUCACUGCUCAUGUUCUUCUGGAUUUCACUUGGCUUAUGAUGGGAAACAUUGUGAAGAUGUCAAUGAAUGUGACAAUAAUCCAUGCAGUCAAGAGUGUGCUAAUAUUUAUGGUUCCUAUCAGUGUUACUGCAGGCAAGGCUACCAAUUAGCAGCAGACGGCCAUUCUUGUAAAGAUAUUGAUGAAUGUGCCCAAAGUGCAGGCAUUCUAUGCACAUUCCGCUGUCUCAAUGUGCCUGGGAGUUAUCAGUGUGCUUGCCCUGAUCAAGGAUAUACCACGGCAGCCAGUGGAAGGACUUGUCGAGAUAUCGAUGAAUGUGCAAUAGGAACCCACAACUGUUCAUCAGCAGAAUCCUGCUAUAAUAUUCAAGGCAGCUUCCGAUGCCUUUUAACUGAGUGUCCGCCAAACUACAGAAAAGUGUCCGACAUGCGAUGUGAGCGUAUCAGCUGCUUCAACUAUCUGGAUUGCCAAAGCACUCCACUCCGCAUUACUUACUAUCAGCUUAAUUUCCAAACAAACAUUGUUGUCCCAGCUCAUAUUUUCCGAAUUGGCCCCUCGCCUGCUUAUGCUGGAGACAACAUAAUCCUUACACUCACCAAAGGAAAUGAAGAAAACUACUUCAGCACCAGAAAGCUUAAUUCCUACACCGGGAUAGUCUACCUUCAGAGACAAGUGAGGGAACCCAAAGACUUCUUGCUAGAUGUUGAAAUGAAGCUUUGGCGUCAAGGAACUUACACAACUUUUCUGGCCAAAAUUUAUAUCUUCAUCACAUCUCAUGCAUACUAAGGUGGAUGAAUUACUGUUGAAGCUCAUUGGUGCUAUUUUUUAAAAUCUUUCCUGCCAAAGCUUGUGGUAAUAGGGAAAAAAACUGAUAGGAAAAUAUAGCCUCUCAUAUUAUUUUUCUAGCUCCUAAAAUAUCUUUGUUUUUGUAAAAUUAACUUAAAAUGUAUUCACCUGUUUCUCUUAUAACUCCGAAUGUUUAACUGAGCAAAAUUAGGAUGUUGAGCUUUGAUGCAAAUACGCACAGUAGCUAUGCUGUCUUUUAAAAGUUCUGUUGGUAUUGCACCAGUGACAACCUCAGAAUUAGUUACCAGUGAUGGGGGCGUGAUCUACCCAAACUUAAACAAUCCAGAAAAGAUGGAAUUCAAAGGGAAAAAAAAUAUGUAGCCAUUGAAAUCAAUUGUACUUGAAAGGUGCUUAAGUGCUGAUCAGUUGAGUUCAUGAGAGGGCAGAAUGCCUAUUCCCAGUCUUGAAAAUAACUAAAAAAAGAAAUUGCAUGUCAGACAAUGAUCUUUGUUUCACUUACUGACAAUUACCCAAUGUAGUUUUGAAGGGAAAAAAAGCUUCCUUUCCUGAAGAUGCCCAUAAUAUGUGAUGAGAACUUGUUGUGCCAAUCAAAUUCUGUUUUUAUACCACCAUCUUCCUCAAGCACAUUAGCGAAUCAGAUGUUGACCUGCCUAUGUGUUCCCCCUUGAUUGACUUGCCUGCCCAAUUACUAGAGCUGCUGCUUCCCCUGCAAAAAGUUGCAAAUUACAGCUGUGGUAGGGAGGAACAAGCAACUGACUGGGCAUAAGUCUGACCAAACUUAAUAUGAAUAUAGCACUCACAGUUGAUUCACAUGCAAUAAACUCUUCAUAUAGUACUUAUAUAAUCAGGCUUUACUUUCUCCACAUCUUAAGAAAUGUCACUGUGAGCCAUUUCCAUAGAGUUGCUUUUCCACCUCAUAGAAGAUUACUGGUGCUCUAAUGCAAUGGGAUGCGAAGGCCGCCCCCAGCUCCUGAGACUUGCUGUAUGCUGUGCUUCUCGUGUAAACUCUUGGGACUGGCUGUGCCAGGAGUCAGAGAAGUACAUCCUCCUUUCUGGUAUGUUCAUGCCAGCAGUACAGAAGUGUUGCCGCACUUUGCCAGGCAAUACAAUUCUUGUAUAACUCUCUCUCUGCUGCAGGAAAUACAGUACAUGAAGGGUGAACAACGUCUACUUCAAGUUGGAGGCUCCCAAGCAGGGUUCUCAGGCCAACGCUGAGAGUCCAGGGCCCAACGACUGUGCCUCAUGACUGGGACACACUGCUUGUUGUUUGCUCACUGUGGCAGCUUGCUUCCUGGAAGAAGCCUCAUGAAAGAUGCAUGCACUGGGUGCACCUAGUGAACCAUCUUUCAAACCAAACAAGCCCUGACAUUAAGUUCCUUGGGUGAACUGGGGUAGAUUUAGAAGAAUGGCUCAUCUUAGCCCCUGUAGUUGGGUAACACUAAGGCUACAAACAUCCAGAUGACUGCACGAGAAUGAGUGUUAUGUCACCUUUGCUGGCAUCUACUGUAUUAGUCAGAUUUUGGCAUUCCGCUGGGCUCUUUUAAGGAAUAUUUUCCUCCCUUGUUACCUCCGGCCAAGGAAUCAUGGCUGCCAAGAAGGAAAAAGCAGCUAUUUAACCAUUUUCCUAUGCCUCUUAGCAGUAUGCUUACUGAAGAUGAAGGCCUCCAAGGGCCAUGGUGGGGCAUGUUAUAUGCAACCAUACCAGCCUGUGUAACUUGUCCUGCAAAUAGCAAUCCCUUCUUCUAGAAAACUUUUCUAGAUAGAAAACCCAUAUCCUGUCUUGACUCAGCAUACACGAUGAACAGCUCUUAAGUGGUCCGCAUUGUGAUGGCAGACAUUCAGAGACACAAUGAGGCUGUAACUUAAAUCCCAUUAACUUGGAAAUUAGUCCCAUUAAGCACAAGGUGGAGUUAUUUCUGAGUGACAUUGAGGAUACUCUGUCACUCACUAUUACAUUUUUCCUCCCCUUGAAACUUAUGCACACUUAAUUAAAACAUUUAAUUUAAAAUUUAAUUAGGACUUAACACCAAGUGGCAGUUGAUCCACACUUAAAGUGAAGUAUUCUCAGGUCAAAAGAAAACAAUGGAUGUGUUGUGCUUUCUUGCUAUUUGGGGCAUUUGCUUGGUUUUGUAUUUAAAUUCCAUUCUGAAGGGACACUUUAUUUUCAAGGAAUGUUAGAUACAGACAAGAUGUAUUAUAAUUUUUCAAGGAAAUAUCCAAGGUGAACAAUGCCAAACCAAAGAUACUAAAAUGUUAUUGAAUACCAGAUUGUAUUGCAUGGCUAUCAAAUUAAGAUAAAACUUGAAAUAAAGUGAUAGAUGUAUUUUCUACUUUUCUAGCUUGAAUUACCCAGCAAAAAUGGAAGACUAUUUGGCAGUGUGGAUAGACUAUAUCACAUACAAAUAGCCCAAUGCAAAAUGUACAUUUCUUAUAUUGCUCUUACCUUAUAGAAAAACUGAAUGAGGUUCACAUUUACAGGCCAUAUGUACUGAUAGAUACCCUAAUCAAAAGAUUUGUAGAAAUUUACAAAUGAACAGUAAUUGUUAAAAAUAAAUAUUUGGAUUUUUUAA